CCACAUCCCCCUUCCCGCCUCGGUCAGGCGCCGCCAUCUUGUCCGCGCUCCGAGGAGGAGGCGGAGGAAGAGGCGGAGGAGGAAGAGCCGGGAACCGGGCGGCGCCAUCUUGGUGUCCCCCCCCCCAACAUCGCCGAGCAGCGCGCCGCCAUCUUGUGACCCCUCCUCCGCGCAUCCGGGUACCGGAGCGUCGCCUUGGAGCCGGCCCGACCGCGGAGCCGCACCCGGUGCUCGAGGGGCUGAUGGCGGCCCCGGGCGGGGGGGGCUCCCCCCCGCGCGCCGCCGCGGCCCCCCCCGCGCUGCAGCCGCGCUGGAAGCGGGUCCUGGGCUGGUCGGGGCCGGUGCCGCGGCCGCGCCACGGGCACCGCGCCGUGGCCAUCAAGGAGCUCAUCGUGGUGUUCGGCGGCGGCAACGAGGGCAUCGUGGAUGAGCUGCACGUCUACAACACCGCCACCAACCAAUGGUUCAUCCCGGCCGUGCGCGGGGACAUCCCUCCCGGCUGCGCCGCCUACGGCUUCGUGUGCGACGGGACGCGGCUGCUCGUGUUCGGCGGCAUGGUGGAGUACGGCAAGUACAGCAACGACCUCUACGAGCUGCAGGCGAGCCGGUGGGAGUGGAAGCGGCUGAAGGCGAAGACCCCCAAGAACGGGCCCCCCCCGUGCCCCCGCCUGGGCCACAGCUUCUCCCUGGUGGGCAACAAGUGCUACCUCUUUGGGGGGCUGGCCAACGACAGCGAGGACCCCAAAAACAACAUCCCCCGGUACCUGAACGACCUGUACAUCCUGGAGCUGCGGGCGGGCUCGGGGGUGCUGAGCUGGGACAUCCCCAUCACGUACGGGGUGCUGCCGCCGCCGCGCGAGUCGCACACGGCCGUGGUGUACACGGAGCGCGCCGCGCGCCGCUCCCGCCUCGUCAUCUACGGCGGCAUGAGCGGCUGCCGCCUCGGCGACCUCUGGACGCUCGACAUCGAGACGCUGACGUGGAACAAGCCCAGCGUGAGCGGGGUGGCCCCGUUGCCGCGCAGCCUCCACUCGGCCACCACCAUCGGCAACAAGAUGUACGUGUUCGGGGGGUGGGUGCCCCUCGUCAUGGAUGACGUGAAGGUGGCGACGCACGAGAAGGAGUGGAAGUGCACCAACACGCUGGCCUGCCUCAACCUGGACUCGAUGGCGUGGGAGCCCAUCGUGAUGGACACGCUGGAGGACAACGUGCCGCGGGCGCGCGCCGGGCACUGCGCCGUGGCCAUCGCCACCCGCCUCUACAUCUGGAGCGGGCGCGACGGCUACCGCAAGGCCUGGAACAACCAGGUGUGCUGCAAGGACCUCUGGUACCUCGAGACCGAGCGCCCCCCUGCGCCCGCGCGGGUGCAGCUGGUCCGCGCCAACACGACGUCUCUGGAGGUGAGCUGGGGCGCGGUGCCCACGGCCGACUCCUACCUGCUGCAGCUGCAGAAGUACGAGCUGCCCGCGGCCGCGUCCCCCGCGCCCGCACCCGUGCCCUCCGUGCCCGCCAACCCGCCCAAGAGCCCCGCGCCCGCCGCCGCCGCGCCCGGCCCCGCCGCGCCCCCCCCGCAGCCCGUGGUUCCGCCCGUGGGGCUCACGCUGCUGCCGCCCGCGCCCGCCGCGGCGCCGCCCGCGCCGGCGCCCACCACUGCUGCGGCGGGGGCGGCCUCUGCGGCGCCCCCCGGAGGGGCUCUGCAAGUGGUACCGGCCGCCACCCCACCCGCCGCCGGCAGCGCCGCCGCUGCUGCGGGGGGGGGAGCGGCCGCGGGAAGAGCGGCCGGGGUGCCGGCGGUGCUGAAGGUGACGGGCCCCCCCGCGGCGGCGGCCGGGACCCCCCUGGUGACGGUGCGCUCGGCCGGGCCCCCCGGCAAGGCCCCGGUGACCGUCACGUCCCUGCCCGGCGUCAGGAUGGUGGUGCCGGGCCAGAGCCCCCAGGGCACGGUGCUGGGCAGCUCCCCGCAGCUGACGGGCAUGGCUGCCCUGGCGGCCGCCGCCGCCGCCACGCAGAAGAUCCCGCCCGCGGCGCCCGCGGUGCUGAGCGUGCCCCCCGGCGCCACCAUCGUCAAGACGGUGGCCGUGACCCCCGGCACCCCCUCGCUGCCCCCCAGCGUCAAGGUGGCCUCGGCCCCCGUCAUGGUGACCAACCCGGCCACGCGGAUGCUGAAGUCGGCGGCGGCGCAGGUGGGGACGUCGGGGGGGGCCGCGGCCACCAACCCCCCCCCGGCGCGGCCCAUCAUCACGGUGCACAAGUCGGGCGCGGUGACGGUGGCGCAGCACCAGGCGCAGGUGGUGACCACGGUCGUGGGGGGGGUCACCAAGACCAUCACCCUGGUCAAGAGCCCCAUCUCCGUGCCGGGGGGCAGCGCCCUGAUCUCCAACCUGGGCAAGGUGAUGUCCGUGGUGCAGACGAAGCCGGUGCAGAGCUCGGCCGUCACCGGGCAGGCGUCCACCGGGCCCGUCACCCAGAUCAUACAGACCAAGGGCCCGCUGCCGGCGGGGACCAUCCUGAAGCUGGUGACGUCGGGGGACGGGAAGCCCACGACGCUGCUGAGCACGAGCCAGGCGGGCGCCGGCGCGGCCAAGCCCACGCUGCUGGGCAUCAGCAGCGUGUCCCCCAGCACCACCAAGCCCGGCACCACCACCAUCAUCAAGACCAUCCCCAUGUCGGCCAUCAUCACCCAGGCCGGGGCCACGGGUGUCACCAGCAGCCCCGGUAUCAAGUCCCCCAUCACCAUCAUCACCACCAAGGUGAUGACUUCAGGCACCGGGACCCCGGCCAAGAUCAUCACCGCUGUCCCCAAGCUGGCCAGCGGGCACGGCCAGCAAGGGGUGACACAGGUUGUCCUCAAGGGCGCCCCGGGGCAGCCGGGCACCAUCCUGCGCACGGUCCCCAUGGGGGGGGUCCGCCUGGUGACACCCGUCACCGUCUCUGCCGUCAAGCCCACGGUCACCACGCUGGUGGUGAAGGGCACCACCGGUGUCACCACGCUGGGCACGGUGACGGGGACGGUGUCCACCAGCCUGGCCGGCGCGGGCGGGCACAGCGCCACGGCGUCUCUCGCCACCCCCAUCACGACGCUGGGGACUAUCGCGACGCUGUCGAGCCAGGUGCUCAACCCCGCCGCCAUCACCGUGUCCGCGGCGCAGAGCACGGUGACGGCCACCGGCGCGCUCGGCACCCCCACCAUCACCAUGCAGCCCAUGGCCCAGCCCACCCAAGUGACGCUGAUCACGGCCCCCGGGGGGGGGGUUGAGGCGCAGCCGGUGCCCGACCUGCCCGUGUCCAUCCUGGCGUCACCCACGGCCGAGCAACCGGCACCCGCCGGCACCGAGCCCGACCCCGGCACCGUCACCCUCGUGUGCUCCAACCCCCCCUGCGAGACCCAUGAGACCGGCACCACCAACACGGCCACCACCACCAUGGCCACGGGGCCCUGCUCUAACCCUCCUUGUGAGACCCACGAGACGGGGACAACCAACACGGCCACCACCACCAUGGCCACGGGACCCUGCUCUAACCCUCCAUGUGAGACCCAUGAGACCGGCACCACCAACACGGCCACCACCACCAUGGCCACGGGACCCUGCUCUAACCCUCCAUGUGAGACCCAUGAGACUGGUACCACCAACACCGUGACCACCACAGCGUCCCGGCUCUGCUCCAACCCUCCUUGUGAGACCCACGAGACGGGGACAACCAACACGGCCACCACCACCAUGGCCACGGGGCCCUGCUCCAACCCUCCCUGUGAGAUGGGAACGACCACCACGGCCACCACCAGCACCACCAUGGUCACGGCGUCACAACCAUGUUCCAACCCACCCUGUGAGACCCAUGAGACCGGCACCACCAACACCGUGACCACCACAGCGUCCCGGCUCUGCUCCAACCCUCCAUGUGAGACCCAUGAGACGGGGACAACCAACACGGCCACCACCACCAUGGCCACGGGACCCUGCUCCAACCCUCCUUGUGAGACCCACGAGACGGGGACAACCAACACCGUGACCACCACAGCGUCCCGGCUCUGCUCCAACCCUCCAUGUGAGACCCAUGAGACCGGCACCACCAACACGGCCACCACCACCAUGGCCACCGCGUCCCAGCCCUGCUCCAACCCCCCCUGCGAGACCCACGAGACGGGCACCACCACCACGGCCACCACCACCACGGUGGCGCCGGGGCCCUGCUCCAACCCCCCCUGCGAGGUGCACAACACCGGCACCACCAACACGGCCACCACCACCAUGGCCACCGCUGACAAUGACCGAGGGGCCCCCCCCGGCUGCUCCAACCCCCCCUGUGAGACCCAUGAGACGGGGACGACCCCCACGGCCACCACGGUCACCGCCACCAUCGGCACCAACCCAGGUGACACCGGCACCGCGGAGGGGGGGACACACACACACAACCCCCCACAGGGGAGCCCCCCCCAGCGGCCGCCAAUGGACAAGGGGAGCCGGAGCCCCCCCCCGCCCCGGGUGAGGGGCCCCCCCCCCGGCACCCCCAGCCCCGGGCCCAGCACCGCGGGGACCCCCCAGCCCCGCGCCGUCACCAACGUCACCGCGGCCACACCGGUGCCAGCGCCCGCCCUGCCGAGCAUCUCCUCGCUGACGGAGCCCCCCCCGGCACCCCCGGACCCCCCCAGCACCGCCACGGCGGCGGCGGCGGCGCUGCCCCCGGAGCUGAUGGCGGAGGCGCCGCUGGGGGCCGCGGGGGGGGCGGCGCCGGCGCUGGUGGUCACCGGGCUCACCCCCGAGGAGCUGGCGGUGACGGCGGCGGCGGAGGCGGCGGCGGCGGCCGCGGCCACCGAGGAGGCGCAGGCGCAGGCCCAGGCGCAGGCGCUCGCCAUCCAGGCCGUGCUGCAGGCCGCGCAGCACGCCGUCAUGGGCACGGCAGAGCCCCUGGACAGCAGCGCGGAGCCGGGGGGGGCCCCCCCUGAGCUGGGGGUGCCCGAGGGGCCGGGGGGGCCCAUCCCCAUCGUGCUGACUCAGCAGGACCUGGCGGCGCUGGUGCAGCAGCAGCAGCAGCAGCAGCAGCUCGAGGCCGCCCCCCCCGGCACCCCCCCGGCCCCUGCGCCCCCCCCGGCCCCCCCCCAGCUCCCCACCGAGGCCUUGGCCCCCGCUGACAGCCUCAACGACCCCCCCGGCACCGACAGCAACGGGCUGGCCGAGGUGGGGGCCGCGAGCGGAGCCCCCGGCGAUGGCCUGGCCCCCCCCAGCGCCUUCGUGCCCCCCCCGCCCGUGGUGGGCACCAGCCCGGCCAAGCUGCAGGCGGCCGCAGCCCUGGCGGAGGUGGCCAAUGGCAUCGAGAGCGGCCCCGCGAAGCCGGAGCCGCCCCCCCCGAAGGCGCUGCUCAAGAAGGAGAACCAAUGGUUCGACGUCGGCGUCAUCAAAGGCACCUCCAUGAUGGUGACACACUACUUCCUGCCCCCCGAGGACGCGCCCCCCCCCGACGACGAGGCCGGGGGGGUCCCGGACCAUUCCCAGCUCCGGCGCCAGGAGCUGCAGCCGGGCACCGCCUACAAGUUCCGCGUGGCCGGGGUGAACGUCUGCGGCCGCGGCGCCUUCUCCGAGCUGGCGGCCUUCAAAACCUGCCUGCCCGGCUACCCCGGCGCGCCCUGCGCCAUCCGCAUCAGCAAGAGCCCGGACGGGGCGCACCUCACGUGGGAGCCGCCGUCGGUGACGUCCGGGCGCAUCCUGGAGUACUCGGUGUACCUGGCGAUCGCGGGGGGCGCGGGGGGCGCGGCCGAGCCGCGGGGGGGCUCCGGCUCCGGCUCCGGCGCCGCGGGGGGGGGCCCGGCCCCUCUCGCCUUCAUGCGGGUCUAUUGCGGGCCCAGCCCCUCCUGCCUGGUCCCCGCCGGCAGCUUGGCCACGGCGCACAUCGACCACAGCACCAAACCCGCCAUCAUCUUCCGCAUCGCCGCCCGCAACGACAAGGGCUACGGGCCCGCCACGCAGGUGCGGUGGCUGCAGGAGUCCAGCAAGGACGGAGCCGGGGCCAAACCCGCCAGCAAGCGCCCACUGUCUUCCCCUGACCUGAAAUCCGCUCCAAAGAAGCCGAAGGCCGACGGGCAGUGAAGGACCCCGCGGGCCCCCGCCCCAUAGCGGGGGGGGGGAGGGGCCGGAGGCCGCUGUGGGGCUCAGGCUCCGCUAUGGGGCAGGAGGGGGGGAGGGGCGGGGGGGGCUUUUUUUACCUGUUGCGGUUGCUGGAUGAAGUUUUGUACUCGCUGCCCCUCCCCCCCCCCGGCCCCCCUGUACAGACCCCCCGGGGGCCGCUAUGGGGCAGCCAUGGGGCGCUAUGGGGCAGCCCAGCCCCCCCCCCAGUGUAUUAUAGUGUAUUGGGGGCCCCUCCCCCCCCCGUAACUGUCGUUUUUGUGCUAUUUUGAGAAUUAAAAGACAUUUUUUUGGAGAAAAAA